AUAAUGCGCAUCGCAGAGGCUCGUCCAAGCCCAGAGCCGGAUCCCAGUUUUGAUCUUUCACCGAUUCACUUGAGAGUCCAUCCACUAGGUCACCCAGGAGCCAAGCACUUCCUCAAAGUCUUUGGGCCGCACUGUCAUGAGACGCUUGUUUCUCAUUGCCAUUUCAUCCUCAAAGUCCUAUACCCUAACUCAACCCAUCCUUCAAUCCCUUCCAUUUACUCGAUCACUCUCUUCGUACGUGCAAUGGAAGGAGUUGCGUAUACAACUGAAUCCAUCGUGGACCCGAAUGCAAGGGAAAUACACUUUUCUGCGAAUUACAUCGAGAAGAGCUCUGUCGAAGAGAUAUCAGGGGUUCUCAUCCACGAACUUGUCCACGUCUGGCAACGAAAUGGGAAUGGAACCGCGCCUGGAGGAUUCAUUGAGGGUUUGGCAGAUUAUAUACGCCUCAAAUCUGGAUUGGGAGCGAGGCAUUGGACGAAGAAGAAACCUGAGAAGACCGAUGGCUGGGAUGCGGGGUACGAGCGCACUGCCUACUUUCUCGAAUGGGUCGAGGAGAAACACCAUCAGGGAAAGGAAAAAGGGUGGUUGCAACGGGUUAACGUUCGACUCGCGAAGGAGGGUUGGGGUAAUUGGGUCUGGGAGGAAGCCGGAGCGAAAGAUGUAGACGAACUUUGGAAAGGGUAUAUCAAAAGCUUUGAAUCAAGUCAGCCGUCAUCGCCUGAGAAGGCCCCUUCACUCGCUUUACCUACUCACGCCUAACAAGGCUAGAGUACGUGAUAUGUUGGAGAAUAGCUACAGGGCAUGUACACUAUGCAGGCAGAGCAUGGCCAAACCACUUGCCUCGACGGAGUCAACUUGCACAAUGCAGAUCUGCUGAGACAUGCACGAUACAAGCCCUGAUGUCAAGUCGAUCCAUGUUAUCAUUGAGCU